AUGCUAUUGUGCGCGCCGCGAUUUAGCGCGGCCUUUGUGGGCCUGAAAGGACCGGCGGCCUCUCCGGGCGCGCAUUCCCGCGGCACCAGCUUCGGUGGCAUCGCUGUCCCCGUCCGGCCCAAGGCGCUGCGUCCCCAGACCCACGGCACCCUUCAGCCCGUCUUCUGUGCGCCGCAGCUGGGGCUCCUGUCCACAGAGAGGGCCCUCACGGUCCUGCAUGUGAGCCUGCAUCACCCUGCACAGGACCCGGACAUCUUUGCCAAUGUCCCAGCACAGCUGCAGCAUGACACCAGCCCGCUUCUGGUGGGGCGCAGCCUGGAUGCCCACCUCCGGCUACAGCUCCCCUGCCUCUCCCGCAGACACCUGUCGCUGGAGCCCUACCGGGAGAAGGGCAGCGCUCUGCUGACCUUCUGCCUGAAGGCCCUGAGCCGCAAGGGCUGUGUGUGGGUCAACGGGCUGACUCUGAGGUUCCUGGAGCAGGUUCCCCUGAGCAUGGUCAACAGGGUCGCCUUCUCCGGCAUCCAGAUGGUGGUCCGCAUAGAGGGAGGCACCUCCCUGGAGGCUUUUGUCUGCUGCUUCCAUCUCAGCCCCUCGCCCCUGAUUCACAGGCCCCAGGCUGAGGAGACUGAUGAAUGGGAGAGUACCUCCCAGGAGCAGCCUCCCCCAAGUUCAGGGCCUCUUACCACGUCCAACAAGGCUUUUGACACUCUCUACUUCCCACCCGAGAAGAAAAACCCUUUUGCACCCCAGGCAGGCUACAACGAGAUUCAGCUGCACUGCCAAUUCUUCCUGGGGAAGAGAGCAAGACAGCUUGAGCAGGUCACAGAGACCCUGCCAGCAGUGAAAGCUUUCUCUCGCUCCCACGCGUGUGGGGCAGUGCACGCUGUUUCUUCUGGAAACCGGGGAAGAGAUGAGGACCACGGGUUGUCUGCCGUUGUGUUCCUGGUGGCCCUCAGGGAGCUGGCCAGAGAACGGCUGGACAGACAGAUGGGCAAGGAAGCGGUCAUGAGCCAGGCAGGCGAGGGCAUGGCCGAGGCUUAUAGCGAUGGGGCAAGAGAUGGGCCGGCCGGCUGGGGCAGCAAGGCCCCGAAGCCAUGGGCAGAGAGUCGUUGGCCAGCAUGCGAGGCCCGGGCCCGGGCAAGGCUUCGGGAGGGCAGCAAACAGACCCAGCUGCUCUGCCUCUAA